AUGGCCAACAACUAUCUCCCGAAAUUUUCAUCGAGCUCAUUAGCUCAAAGAAUUGGCAACUCAAGGCCAACGAACACUACUAUACUGCCACCAGAGAAGAACAAGGACAAAGGCUCACGAUCUGGGCCUACUUCCACGAAAGUUCCUGUUCAAAAACGACGAAGCCAUCUGAAGAUUCCAAGCCACAUGCCACACUCUCGACGAAGGGGAAUCCAAAAGUGGCAAGAAGAAAGUAAGCCCAAUCCAGGAUAUCAAGCCCUUGGAUCCUGGAUAUACGUCGACGACGAAGAUGGAUGGGUGUUCAGAACGAUCGAACAACAGCUUAAAAAACCCACCAUCACGGAAGAGGAAGUCACCUGGGCAUACUCCGGCUCCCGAAGUGAAGAAGUCGAGAAAUACGCCCGAAGAUACCAGUACGACAACAAGAGGAAGCGGACUUCCAAUAUGUCAGUCGACGAUGGAACGAGGCUCAACACACUUUGA